GCGUUUUUGCUUUACGUUCUUGAUCUUUUACUCGGACGAUCUCUGAGAGGAACACGAGAACUUGAAUUCCGAGAAAAAAUCUUUCUGGAGAAGAAAUCGAAGUAGUAAACUUUCUCGAAUCGACCAAAAAGAAUGUGCCCCUUCGAAGCUCGUCGUGCUCCACCUGGGGUAUACUGGACUCCGCCGCCGGCGAGAAGAACAGAUCAUGCGGCGGCGAUGCCGAUGUCGGAGAGGAGAAGACCACCGUCAUCUGAGAAACGCGAUCCCUUUCACAUCGUCCACAAGGUUCCUUCUGGUGAUUCUCCUUACGUCAGAGCCAAACAUGCUCAGUUGGUGUCUAAAGAUCCGAACCGAGCUAUAUCACUGUUCUGGGCUGCAAUAAACGCUGGUGAUCGUGUUGAUAGUGCGUUGAAGGACAUGGCUGUUGUUAUGAAACAGCUUGACCGGUCUGAUGAAGGCAUCGAAGCCAUCAAGUCCUUUCGCUAUCUCUGUCCUUUCGAGGCUCAAGACUCCAUUGAUAACUUGCUUCUCGAACUUUACAAAAAGUCAGGGAGGAUUCAAGAAGAAGCUGAGUUGCUUGAGCACAAGCUGAAAGUGAUUGAGCAAGGAAUGGGGUUUGGUGGUAGGAUCGUGAGAGCAAAGAGGGUUCAAGGGAAACACGUCACCAUGACUGUCGAGCAAGAGAAAGCAAGGGUACUAGGAAACUUGGGAUGGGUUCAUCUACAGUUACAUAACUAUGGGAUUGCAGAGCACCAUUACAGGAGAGCUUUGUGUUUGGAACCAGACAAAAACAAACAGUGCAACCUGGCCAUCUGCUUGAUGCGUAUGGGUCGAAUCCCAGAAGCUAAAUCUCUGAUUGCUGCUGUGAGAGAUUCUUCUGCAGAGAUUGAGUCCGGAGAUGAACCGUUCACGAAGUCUUACGACAGAGCCGUUGAGAUGUUAGCAGAAGUGGAAUCUAAAGAUCCAGAAGAUGGUCUUUCGGAUAAGUUCUAUGCGGGAUGUUCAUUUGCAAACGGAACAAUGAAGGAAAACAAAGCUCCUCGAAACGCAAACAGGAACCACUCGCAUGUUCCUCCAUCGCCAGCGUCUGUUAGACAAAACUCUGCAGGUCUGUUUACACAACCACGAGGAUGCAAAGGGGAUCAGAAGAAUGGGGUGAAUGAGGAAGAGACAGGGGGUGCAGCUCGAAAGCUACUGUUUGACAAACCUAUGGGUUCUCAGCGUGUUAAGCUUUUGAAGAAUGGAGAGGGAGAAGAACACAUGAAGGGAAAGAAGCUGGACCAAAACAUGAUUCAUGAUCUCCAUGAAUACAUCAAAGAUACUGCAGACUGUUUGAAGAGUGGAUCUAAGAAAAGCUGGGCAGAUAUGGCUGAAGAGGAAGAGGAAGAUGAAGAAAGUGUGCAGUCACAGCUUAAAACUGCAGAAAUUGUAUAGGCUUAACAUUGUAAUGUUUGCAUAGGCAUAUGGAUUUUACAUUCCAGGACAAAUCUUAGUUCAAUAACAUAACACACAAA